AUGGCUUUCUAUUCAGUCUCUGACGUGGCAGACCGUCUCCUUUCCACCCCUGGUCGCCCCGUUCCGUCCCUGGAGGAGGGCUACUGGCUGGGCCGCUGUGUCCUGGACCCCCCAGGGACAGGCCUCCUGCACUCCCUCCUGGAGGAGCUCAGCCCCCCUGCCAUGGCUGCCUUCGACCUGGCCUGCUGUCACUGCCAGCUGUGGAAGACCUCCAGACAGCUGCUGGACACGGCAGAGAGACGGCUACACAGUAGUCUGGAGGAAGAGGUAGGUGGAGGGGGACUGAGGGUGGAACCCAAGGUUAAACACUCUGAGGGUAUCCGAGGGUUUCCUGCGAUGCUCCAACAGAUGGGGAAGAUCCUCAACCACACAGCCAGUCAUAGUGGCAACAAGGGCCCCGCCAAGACAGAAGCCAUUGUGGAGGACCACGUUGUGUCCAGUCCUUUAGGCUGCUGUAUACAGGAAGUGUUGCUGUGCUGCCACCCUCUGCUGAGUGAGGAGGGCAUCGCUACCCGACUGAGCCUGGCACAGCACCUAGAGAUCACCUUGCUGACCCUGUCCACCGCUACAGAAACUACAGUGGAGAGUCCUGCUGGUGCCCUCCUAACAGCCCUGGUAGAGCAGGCCAGUCUGAAACAGUCGGAGUUGGAAUCCCACCCGGUCCGUUCCUCCAUGAAGCAGCUGCUGCGGUCGAUGGACCAGCUGUGUCCCUUCGAGCCCCAGGGCUCCCCUUGCAGGCCAGACUACAUGAGGAGCUUCGUGGACUACGUCAACACGCUGGCUUCGGUGUUAAUACACAGCCUGGGAUCUGAAGACCAAAACAGUGAGGUGAAGUUGGGGAACCCACUCCUGGUUCUCCUCCAGGCCCCAUCUCAGCUGCUCUCUCACCUGCUGUUCGAAAGACAGGUGGCUCCUGACAGAGUUUUGUCUCUGUUGCAGCAGGAGGGUCUGCGUCUGAGUGUCCAGCAGGUGAUCGUGCAGCGCUGCUGUGAGGCUCUGCCUUUGUGGGACUGGUGCCCCGAACCAGAGAGGGAAGCUAGCCCCAGGGGAGAGGCUGGUUCUGGGGGAGAGGCUGGUUCGGGGGAGAGGCUGGGCAAGGACAGACCGGACCAGGGGAAGGGGUGUUUAGGACUGCCAGCCUGGCAGCCCUGCUACAGCUACAGACUCAGGAACACUGCCCUGUCUUUCCUCAAAUCCCGCUCCCCUCUCCUGGCCACCGUUGCCUGUCUAAGUGCCAGUCCACGAGGUGCAGCCCGAGUACAGCCGUCCGGUUGGCUGGUGUUCCGGGGCGGGGGGCGUAAAGAGUGUGUGCUGGACGGGGAGCAGAUCUCCAGGGAGGGGAAAGCCUGCUUAGAGAUUUCCCCAUCCUGA